CCAGGACUUUCUCCUGGCUGGCGUGCGGGUGGGGAGGGGGUACCUCCGUGCCUUGCCUCUAUUUCCUACCCUGUGAUAAGGCGCAGGCAUGCUCAGUAGCCGGUGCCUACCCCUCCUAUCUCAGCAACAGUGCCUACAACAGUAGGAGAGCGUUGGCAGCAGGCGCGGAGCCGGAAAGCCAUCUUUGCUGGAGAGGGAGGCAGCAGACCCCGCUCGGCCCCUCGCCAUGUCUGCUCCAGCUCCUACCCAAGGUCCCACCAGUGCCGGGGCUGCAGGGCCUUCUCCUGCUACCAAUGUGUCAAGCAACAAACGGCUGCAGCAGACACAAGCCCAGGUGGAUGAGGUGGUCGACAUCAUGAGGAUGAACGUGGACAAGGUGCUAGAGAGAGACCAGAAGCUUUCAGAGCUUGACAACCGGGCAGAUGCCUUGCAAGCAGGUGCCUCACAGUUUGAAACCAGUGCAGCCAAACUGAAGAGAAAAUACUGGUGGAAAAAUUGCAAGAUGAUGAUCAUCCUUGGUGUAGUAUGCGCAGUCAUUCUCAUUAUAAUUAUAAUUUAUUUCUCCACUUGAAAAAACAAAGAAGGAAGACUUGGCACAACUUUGUUCAUAUCAACUGACAAUAUCAGUGUUCCUUUGUUGAACUCCGCUUUUUAAUUCCUAGUGUCUUGGGAUUUUUGCUUGUAAUAACCCAUAAGCAUUCAGUGUGGUGUAUUUUGGAAUUCUGUUGUUUCCACAAGAAACUGUACCAGCUAAAUACUGCCAAGUAGUUCCAUACACUGUCUUAUCACUGUGUCUUAAAAUGUGUAUGCACUGACCUUCAGAAACUGUAGUAUAUGAAAAGCAUCCUAAAACAUCUCAGAAUCAGAGAAUACAGUUAUGGGGAAGCUCCUGCUUAAAGGGACACUGUCAGGUGCAUUGGACCCAAACCUAAGGUUGCAGCAAACAUUAGGGCCUUCUCAAUCUGGGCACCUAAAGUUGGAUGGCAAAAUCCAUUGUCAGAUGUAACUUUUUGAGGAAGUAUCUGCUACUCCCACUGAAGAGAGUGAUACCUGCAAGUAUUCAUGUAAGAUAUCAUAGUUCAACUUAGCUAACCAAACACAGAUUUUCUGAGAUUAGUUGUAGUAUCCAAGUCUAAAACCAUUGCCUGCAGAAAGUAAAUAAGACUAGUUUAUUAUCUUCCAUGGAUUUAAAUUUUUCCUUAUGGAAAACACCUAUGAUGUUCCAAACAACGAAGAUGGCCUCAAUAUGAAAGCCAGAAAGAAAACUCUAUGACAACUAAAAAGCAUUAACUAGUACAAUCUUGGAAAAUCCAAGUGAAGUGUAAAAAUGAUAACACAAGCAUCAUCGAUGACUAAGAUACAGUCUCUUGCUAAAAACUCAAGGCACUGUUUGUCAGGCUUCAUGGGACUCCCGUGAAUGCCAAACCCCAAUAGUUAGGCCCUGACUUAAACCACAUGAACAGCUUUGGUGGUGGCUUCCCAGCACAGCUGUAGGAAGCUACCUCUGCACCAGUGUGCAGGAAUGGUCCCCACUGUGAGGAUCGUUCAAAAAUCAGGAAGAAGAAGGUAUGAGGGAAUAGUAGAGAGAGGCUGAGAAAGGGAAGGUGCCUAGCAAAGCUUUCCUGGAGAAGAGGAAGGCAGAGAAACACUGUUCAAAGUGGUGGUGUUAAUAGGCUUUUAAAAAUUGAUUUUGUGUUUGUGUGUGUAUAGUUCAUAAACUAUAGUGUCAUCUUUGUAAAGUGCUCAGCUGAGAUACCUAUCAUACUCAAUUAGUUUAAACUAACAUUUGAUGUAAUUAAAAGAAAUUAUAUAUUGUGGCUUAAGAGAAAGUUCUUGUAUGCUUUUGUGAAUUUCUUGGGGGUUUAUCUUUUUAAAACACUGAAUAGCUCAAUCAUAGUUAACCAAACUAAAAAUGAAUUAUCAAAUUUUCAGCCAGGCAAUUCAGAAAGGGUCUUUUUAGGGUAACUCCUUCAGAAUUUCUAAAAAUAAUUCAUAGAAUAAAAUAAAAAUAAUUUGGUAGGCUGAGGGUUUUUUUGUCUGCAAUUUAAUUAGGGAAUAGAAAUGGUGGUAAUAGUAGUGUAAAUAUUUCCACCUUGGAGUCUCUCUCUUGAUAGGGUUUAGAUUAAAAACAUAGAGACCCAGACCUGUUUGUUGCAGUGAAUCUAUAUACAAAUUGUGCUUAAGCAGAAUUUUGAAGAGAGAAUAAAUAAUGAUCAAUUGAAAGCUUUCAAUUGCAUUUUUCCCUAUUUAUUUAUUUAUUACUUCAUAGUCACAUGCAGUUUUGUGUCAUUAAGUAGUAAGUGGCCACAGUCUUAAUGAGAGUGAAGGUUCAAAGUUACUAAUGUGCCACUGGACUCCGUGGUAUGCCCUGUUCACUUCAGUCCUUCAGCUGGGUAAGCACAGAAACAAUUCUGAAAUCCUCAUGGGCCAGACAGAAAACUUGGCUGUCAUGAAGGACCUGACUCUAUGAGGUGACACAGCUGAGUACUAUGUAUCACUGAGCCUUCACUGGAAGAGGAGUAAGCCAUCCAACUUCAGGAAACCUUUUAAACUACUAAGAUAAUUGGACAGCUGAUAUGAAAGAAUUUUCUCCUAAGGGUGAGUCCUGCCACCCAUACCCAUGUUGAGCAUGGGUUAAUCCUCACAGGGCUUCUCUACUGAACGGAUGCACAAGAUGAAGACAGCUUUCACUGGAGCUGGUACAAUCAGUAAGGUUUCAGGCUGAUUUAGAGCCUUAACGUAGAUGUUCCUUCUCCUCUGAAAGCCCGAACUGACUACUGGGAUGAUAGGGCUGCAAAUACACAUCCUGAGUUUGAAUCCUCUAGCUACAAAGAUGCAAAGUUCCCAAAUGAAACUGUGGUGGAAGUGCUACAAGGAUGCAAAGCUUACAUCCUCCUAGGUAAUGUAGAUGAAGACAGUUAAUAAUCAAAGUAGGAGCUUUAGGUGAAAGUGGAGAUGGUUGUGGCAGGUGUACUCAUUAUCUCUCAAUGUAACUAACGAGGAUGACUCCUAAACCUUAGUGAGAAUUUGCAAGGAAGAACCCAGUCAAGAAACCUACCCUCUGGUGGGUUGUAAAAUGUUUGUGAAGAGACUGUUUCCUCCUGAUUGCUAAUGAAAUAUGCUAAAUUAAUAUGUUUAACUCUUUGAAGUUGGUUGCACAUAGUGUGCUCAUGAACGCUCAAUAUUUGCUACUGGUUGUGCUGUAGUGGUUGGUUGCAAUUGGUAAGAUAAACCAUGUAACCUUUCUGAUUCAGACCAGGGAUCAUAAACAAGUGUGUCCUUCCCUGAAACACAGACCCAGAGCUGUACUGCUCCUGCAGAGGGUUAAAUCUUCACCAAGGAGCAUAUGGUAAUAUAGGACUGUUCAGGGUCAUAGGUUGUGCAACAGCAUCACAUAUGUGUAGACUGAUGCAGAGGACAAUCUAUAUAAACACAGUUGGAGAUCUUAUGUGUGGUGAAGCCAGGAUUGAUUGCUUUCUACUCACUGCCUCUGCAUUUAAAAUGUGCAGUUACAACUGCCCACCUGUAAUAGUAAAUUUUCCAUGAACAGUUUAACUCAUUCUUGUUCAGUCAGCAUUGAUUAGAAUUUCAAUUACUGGGUAGAAUUUCAACUGCUGCCCUUCAUCACUAAAUACUGCCCAGGCUCUCACCUUGGGCUGGUUAAAAAGUCACAAAAAGGCUUCCUUUUAGUGACUCCCCAGCAAACCCUCAGAAGACUCCAAGGCCAUUGGUUUCUGACUGCCACUUUGGGGACUGAACUGAAGACUCCUCUGGUUGGAAGCAAUGCUUUAGAUAGCUUCAGCCAGAGUUUGACAUUGCUUUAGAUUUGCAUAUUCCAUCCUUAUAAGAAGCACUUCCUCUGCUUUCUGGGCCAUCCAGCUGUACACAUCUGGGAUGCUGUACAGCAUGAGCUGCCAUUCAGACACGGCACUGCUGAAAGGAGGUGGUUGGAAGCUGGUCAGUGCCUGUACCAUGGCUGCUGUUUGGCUUGGCAACGAUCCUAUGUCAGCAUCUGAGCUUGAGGAUGUGCUGUUUGCAUCCACUGUGCACAGGCUAGUGAGGUCCUGCUUGGGCAUUACAUUUUCUCUCUAAUUUAGCUUACCUUGCAGUAACAUGGACGUGGCUUUAAACCUACAAACAUUGUUACACAGAACUUGGCAGGAGAAGGUAGUGUGGAACCCAUAGGAGGUACUUGACCCGAUUUUCACUUGACAACAUUAUGUAACAGCACAGUCAAUCCAACAUAGUCCAACGUAAUCCAAUACUAUUAGAAGGAGGAUGGGAGAAUCUGAUAAAGAUUCUGACUCUAACCUAGGGUUUGUAAGGCAAGAAUUGAUUUAGAAAUGUAGUCAGUUGUAUUUUUAAAGCUGGCACUUUCAUUCUAUUGGAACCUGGAUGAGGUUAGCCCUGGAACAGUUCAGACAAGUAAAAUAAUUGUUUGGGGUUUUUUCUUUUUAAAUAGUGAUCUGCAAUAAGUGACUUAAACACUCACAAUGAUGGAAGAACAGGGCAGUAUUAACUGUGCAAGGAAUGAAUUAGAACAGCCACAAUCUGCUGGUUUUCUAUGAGUAGCAAGACCUUUUGAAAUUCUACCAUUUCUGUGUCUCAUUUCUGUCACUGCUCCUCUGACAGGGCUUCACAUAACUUUAAUUUUAUGAACAACUGGACUACUUCUUGUCUGAAUACAAUGGAUUUUAGCUCUUAAGAGCAAGUUCCUGACGACAUCAGUAUUAGAGCAUGCCUGCAAAAUGGAGAUGUGCAUCUACCACAGCAGACUCAAAUUUCAGGAACUUUUAGAAGCUCAGAUGUUACUCAACUCUCAUGUUUUACAGAGUAAAUUUUUCUCUAUUCCAUGGGACGUUAUCCACAGAGUGGGAAUACAUAUAAUCUAUUAUUUUUUAGUGACAGCACCGUGAUUGCAUAUGUUAGUGCCAGACCAUCACAAAUAAACUAGAGAGCACUUGGGUAUGAUCCAGGGUUUAGAUCUCAGUCCUGCUUCUCCUGCCCCUUAAACAGGGAAGAAGGCUAAACCAGCAGCCAUAUAAGGCACUGGGCUUCCUCCCAAUGUACACAGUGAGUAUUGGAGAAAGGCUUCAAAGAGACCAAAGUCUCUUUGCUCUGGAUUUUGUCUUGACCUGAACUUUAGACCCAUAACAGAUCAUAACCUUUGGGCCCACUGUAAUCAGAAGACUGAGAUGCUCUUCCAGCCAGUUCUUCCUCUCACCUGAUUUAGGCCCCUCUUGCCAGACAAGAUACAUUUGAGCAUGUGUUUCUCCAUGGAAGACAAAGCACAAGCACCCUCCAAUUACCUUCUUUAAAAGCAAAACAAAAAAGGCUGAAGAAAGUAGUUUGAAAAAAAUGAAUUGGAGCUAGAGAAAUGAUUGGCUGAAGGUUUCUCAAAUGGUAACAUUAUUUUCAGGAGGAAUACUAGGUUGGGAUGUAUGAAACAAUCAAACCAGAACCUUACAUUAACUGUUCUUUCUGCAUCUGGUCUCCUUCAGAAAUACUUCUCUAUUCCACUUCAGGAAAGGAUUUUGUUUUCUUCAGCUGGCUUCCCUUCCUCUGUUCAUUAAUAUGUGUCAAAAUUGAUGUGCUCAAUAGCUUUUUUUCUCCACUGAGAACCAUAAGACUCUCUGCCUUUAAACACAUGCAUAAAAAGAUAUCUGAGCCACCCAAGGAGUUUACCUUCCUUUCUGAUGCAUUGACAUUUAAAAGCUACAUCUUGCAAUAAAGCAGAAAAACUGUGGCAGUCUGGUUACAUGCAGUUUUGGUGGAGUAAACACUUGAUUAUUCAACAAUGAGUCAUUCCUGCAGUAACCUCAUUCUGUCAUGACUGUAUCACAUCUGCUAACUCUCCAAAGCAAAACCCAUAACCUGUACUGGUUUAAAACAUGAAUACAGCCUCGUGGUUCAUACAUAACACUCUAUUCAACCAAAGAAGCCAUGUGCUAUAAGUUUAAAAGGGCAAAGUACUUGUUCUCCAAGAGAAAAUAUCGUAUAAAACAACAAAGACAAUUAGGAAAAAAAACCUUCUCCAUUCUUUAGCUCUUCUCACAGUGUCUGGUUUCUUCAUUAUUCAAAUCUCUUUGUUCUCUUAGAAAGCCUUCAUGUUUUUGGAGUGUAGUGUAUUUGGAACAUGGUAUAUUGGGACCAGGAUUGUUCUGCCUCUCAGUUGACUCUGUGUCUUCUGCCACAUUCUUAUUGUUGAGCUCAGUCCAAGCUCAGGUAGGCCUUGAAUGGAGCAGAAUCUCUUCCCCAUAAUGCCCUGCUGUCCUCAAACCAGCCUUCACUCUCUGGACAAGAACACUGGAGGCAGAAUAUGCCUCCUGGGUCUUAAUUUGGUUCAAAAUUACGUGAUACAAAAGAAGGUUGCUGGCUGUAAGAAACAGCAUUUUUACUCCACUACUUUAAAUUGUAUCACUGGAAUUUUAAUUAAAUGUAUUUAACACUUCUUGUAACAAUAAUUUCAUCAAUUUUGUUGAAAAGAGAGGAAACAUUAAAUAAGGAUAGUGUGGUAAUGACCAUAUAGUAAAUUGGGAAAUGGUUUAAGUGAAAUGUAGCCGACAUUCAGUAAACUCCUUUUAUAAGUGGCUCUAUCUAAGAGCACCUUUUGUGUGUUAAAAUUAAGAGGUGCUCAUCUAUUGAAGUAAAUUUACCUACUUAAAAUGAACCAUGACAGAUGGUUAAGGUUUUUUUCCUUGAAAAUGCAGGAGAUAUAUGCAGGAAGGAUGAUCUAACAUUUUUUGCAGAGAAUGCCAUUUUGCUUAGAGUGCCAUUGGAGUAUCCAAAGACAUGCUGCAGAAGUGGUCAAGGACUUCAGUCAAACAGGACUUCAGAGCACUUGGUGCAGUAACAAUACACCCCGAGUGCCCACUUUGUUCUACAGGUCUCUGUAAUGGAAUUUUUUUUACACAGCAUGAUUAUUUUGCUUACCCUCAUUCCACUCUGGUAUUUACGCUUGUCCACCAAUAAAUGGUCUAAGCAGAGGACAGAAAAUGACUUUGCUGAGUCCACUACAUUCCUGUCAUGUAUAUGUGAACACGUGGUGGUGGUCCAAGCUUUCUGUAAUGAAAAGUUUAAAAGAAUUAAAUCAGUUUCUCCCCCUGAUACAUUACAGGUUUGUUUAAAGACAGAGCAAAUAAUGGCAGCUGCAAUUAUUUUCUUUGUAAGAUCAGUGAUUGAGAUACUGCACGUAAUGGAGCUACAAAUUCACAGAUACACAAUGCAUAACUUUAUUUUUUUCAGAAGUUUAGCUAUUAAUUUUUAUAGUAUUGACCUGAAAUUUGCAACAAUUUCUUUAUUAGUGAAAGUAGUCUUGGCUGACACCAAAAAUUUGGUGGUCAGGGUGUCUACCGUGCCUCUAGUAAACUACUAAAUAAUGCAAGGUCAGUCUUUCAUGAAGCUUAAAGGGAAAAAAAUAUUCUGAAUACAAGUAGAAAUGUAUGGUAAAGACCAUGGGUAUAGAGUUUAACCAUUACUUUAUUUAACUAUUAUUUAAGGAAUUAACAGCUAAACAAAUGGUCAAAUAAGUAGCUUCCAAAGCCUAAUUAUAGAUGAAAGAAUAUUUUUUCUCAUUAAAAAUGCUUACUUCAAUCUAUGUUACAUUUGCUUUUUCCCCAAACAGUAAAAUGCUAGUGUUGCUACGACACAGUCACAGGUCUGCACAAUAAAAUAUUACAGAUAGCCCACUACUUGUAAUGAAAAACAUUGUUAUUUUGUCUUGUAAAUGAAAAGUCCUCCAUCCCCCAACCACAUACGUGGUAAAAUAUUAGUCACUUUACACUUAUCAGCAUCACUGAAAGAUUAGAAAUUAGUGCCUCCUACUCAUGAGCAGGACUUGAAAACAUGCUUUAUCUGUUGCAAAAAUACAUUCUGAGGGGGAAAACACCAACUGUUGUAGAGGUUAAAUUUUUCUUUGAUGACUCCUAUUCUUUUUUCCUCCCCCUUUCUGAAAGAAGUGCUUAUAUACGUAGACAGGCAUUUGCCUCUUCCCAAAUAUGAAAGAGGUUAAACGUAGCCAGUAUGUACUUUGAGCAACCUUUAGUUUGUUUUGCAGCAUAAAAAGUUUUCUAAGUGGCAGUAUAUGAACUCUUAUUAUAACCUUGUUAUACUCAUUGCAGGAAAUUAGUUCAUAGCCAGCUAAUUAGUAUUUUCCUUAAUGGCACAUGCUGGAGUCUUGACACAGAAGAGCAGCCUCUGGAGGUGCCAUGUAAUCAAUUCAGCACUGUGGUAUUUCACACUUGCCAGCCUCGAGUGAGGAGCAAGGCAUGCCCUGUUCUGGAAGUGAGUUCCAUAUGUGCUUAAGCAUAUAGUGAAUUUCUAUUCUCUGUUUAACACAAUAAAAAACCACCCUCAUUUUGCCUUACUAAAUGCAGGUCUGAUAUAGAAUCAGUGCUGUGUCCUAAUUCAGGAAAGGAAAAGCCUUUCACUGAAUGAUAGAAAGAUUAGGUAGAGAAAGACCCCCGGCAGUUUGCCUGGUCCAAUGUCCUGCUCAAAGCAGGGCCACCUUUGAGGUUGGAUCAGGUUGCACAGAGUUUGUCUUGAUGAGUUUUGAAAAUCUCCAAGGCUGGGGAUUCCACAGAAAAUUCUGCCAUUGAAUAUGUUCUCAGCCUUCCCAAUGGUGAUAAAAGUGCAGUAUCCACCUUCAUAAGUAUAUGUGGUUUAUAUUUUUGCCUUUUUUUCUGUUGUGCACUGAACUGAUUAGAGUCAAAUUCAGAUCUAGUGGGAGUAAGUGCAACCCCAUUUUUCAAAGAACUUCCAUUGACAUCAAGAACUUUUCUUUGUUUCUUAUUGACAUUGGACUGAGCCAUCUGAUCACACUGAGGAAAUCAGUGCAUUCUCUCCCCUCUGUGUAUGUGAGCCUGCUUCUCUGACACUGAAGCUGAGAAUAGGACAGAUUCAGGACAUCUGGUAAGUCUUGUUCUGUACUCUGAGGUCAGUGGCAAAACCUAGACUGGCACCAAAGAAAGAAGAGGAUGUACUGAGAUUACUCUUUCUUCUCACAAGUCACCUUGGCAAUGCCAUCCCUCUUUCAAAUGCUGAUGGAAUGGCAAUGCAAAACAAAAGCCUUUCUUCUACCUCUUUCCUUGUAAUUCUUCAAGCUUUAUUUCAUGUAAUAGGAAUAGUGAGAAAUAAGUUUUCAGUUGCCCUUUUAAAAACCCAAACUCCAGACCAAAUUUCUAAUUGCAUUCUUUCAAAGGCCACACAAUAGCGUUAAGCUCUGUAGUAAUGCACUCGGAAAGGACCUGAAAGCCUGUGCUGAGAACAGCAUCUCUCACCUCAGUCUCGGUUGUGCUGAGCAAGGAGUUGUGAUUUGUGCCUCUACGGAAAACAUUCGAUUUACAUCUUAUUGGAGCUAUCUGGAGAGGAAAAAUAAUGUUGUGGAGACCAGGACAUUUCUUAAAGUGCUUUACCUGGAGGUCAGUGGAAUUUCAUUUAUAAAAGAUGAAUGCAUGCAUUUUGAUGCUAAAAUUGUGAUGACUUACAAAGUUUGAUAUUACUCUACUUUUCUGUGGACAGUGAUUUUUUUGAAGUGGUGAACAUAUUUUCCAAGAAUAUCAUAGACAUUUGUAACAUGUAUGUUUGUGCCAAUAAAUCUUGUUUUAAG